AUGCGGUUCCACGUGGAGAAAGGCGGUGCGGUGCGAUUGUUGGCAGUGGGUGUGUGCUUGUUGAUGUUUGCUGCGGCUGAAGCUGCUCGGGUCGAGAUCGAUUGGAGGCGUGUAGUGCCGGUCGAGGAGCUGGACCACUACUGGGCGCGACUCCCCAGCGAGCUACAAGUCUUCCGGAACGCCAGCCACAAGGCUGGACGCAUCACCAACGGGCAGGAAGCCUUCCCGGGCCAGUUCCCCUAUCAAGCGUUGGUGCUGAGCGAGUACGGUGCCCUUACAACCCUGUGCGGAGGGUCCGUGUUGACUCAGCACUUCAUCCUCACGGCAGGCCACUGCGUCAUGCUGGACCAGAGCACAAUGGCUGGCGGUGGGACGACCAUCAUGGGUGCGCACAACCGCAUGGUGGUGGAACCGACCCAGCAACGCCUUCGCUACGGUCGCAUGGACAUCUUCGUCCACCCGCAGUACUCUGCCGGAAACUUUCGCUUCGAUGUGGCCAUCAUCCGUCUCGGAGCAACGAUAGUCUUCAACGAGUGGGUACAACCGGUGCGAAUUCCGGCGCGCUCGGACGAGCGGCUAUUCGACGGCACGAUCGGAACCGUCACCGGUUUCGGGCGCAUCAGCGACAGCACGACCACCUUCGCCACCAUCCUCCGGUACACGAACAACCCGGUGCUGAGCAACGAGGACUGCCUCGGCUUCUGGAGCACGCUGCUCGUCGAGCCGCAGAACAUUUGCCAGUCCGGGGCGGGAGGUCGAUCCGCAUGCAAUGGAGACUCCGGGGGGCCGCUCACAAUUCGCGAAACCCAUCGGACGGUCCAGAUCGGUGUCACUUCGUUCGGUUCGGGAAAUGGGUGCACGAGUGGGAUGCCAUCCGUUUUCGCGCGGAUCACUUUCUUCCAGGAUUGGAUCCGAGCGAACUCGGACUACGUCGACAGCUGA